AGCGUCGCCAUCACUGUCGUUGCGGCAGAACUUGAAUUAAAAUCCUGUAGAACGCGGUACACUCUCUCAGCGAGUACACGUAUCAACACUUACAAAUCAACCGUCGGGGAAACGCGGGAAACCACCACCGGUCAAGAUGGUCGCCACCAAGCUUUUCAAAAUGGCGGCCGUUAUUGUCCUCGCUGGCUUAUCGCUCGUCGCGGCAGCACCCGUCGCUCAAAAUGCAGGGGGCGACGGACAGGAGGGCCGAGCGGACGUGCCAGUGGAGCAGUUGGAAAAACUGAAAAUGGCUGAAUCGGGUAAAGAAGAGGGCCCUGAGAUUGCAGAACAUGUGGAAUAUCAUAGAAUUGACGCUGUUAAAACGAAUGGAGAACUAGUCUCUCGUUUAGAAGAACAUGCUUCAGCUGACUCAGCUCCAGGAGAGAAACCUAAAGUACAUGCGCAGGCGCAGCUGGACUUGCCCUCUGAAGGGGUUCAUAAAGUGCUGGUUCAAGAUGGCGGCCACGUCAGUGUGCAGGAUGCCGUGCCCACUGCUGCUCCUAGUGAAGAGGUCACUGCUAAGAUUUUCCACGGCGCGGCUCGCCUCGUACAACCUGGCUCAGCCACCAGUAACCCCCAGAAUGGCCACACUGCUGCCCGCAGAGCCUUCAACGCCGACAUCACUAAGGAAACUAAAAACAACGUUGAUCAUUACUCAUCCUACACCGGGGUUCAAUAUUCACCAUUGGACAUGGCGGAGUACGUGUUUUGGACUGGUGAUGAGCGGGGAGUCACCACUGCUAUCGAAGACUUCCUGCAAGAGGGAUUGAUGACGAAAGAAGAAGCCAUAGCGUUCCUACAAGAAAUAAAGUUCAACAUUGAAUAUCUUCGAGCACAUUACUCGCAAAAUCUGAAGGCUGUUGAGGAGUCUGUUCAGCAAGAGAAACUCAGAAACAUGCUGAUGGAGCAAGCAAAUGCUAAGGAAUACCAAUACCGCAACCCGGUGUCGCUCCAAUCGUUCCCGUUCGGGAACAGCCCGGACAUAAUCCGGACGAUCGCGAACAAGAACUGGGAACUAAGCAACAAUCUCUCACCGAUUCCUAUUCUCCCGGUAACAUCAGACGUGCGACCGGAACCAAUGAAGAGGACUUACGACCCCAUGUUGCAGACCAAUAUAAUUAGCACCUCAGACUACGACCGGGACGGACAGAUCAUCACCGAGGAAGAAUACGAAGAGAUGAUGGACAAACUGAAGGCGGCUGACACUCUCUACACCGAAUACACCUUGGAAGAAAUCAUUUAUCAACUGGCUAAGAUGAUGUUUUCGCAAUCCUUAUCUCGGGACCCAGCAUCUGCGCGCGCGGCUACUCAGAGAUUCAUGGCCUUUUUGGAGCUGGAGGCUGAGAGGGGGCAGCUAUCUCGAACUAUUGAGAAGAAAGUACUCGAUGUUAUGAUUGCUGCACUAACGGACACCAUCGGCGACCAUCCGGAACUACUGCAGGCGCAUGAAGGACUCGGUAUCAACCCUUCCAACAGGCUAAUGCACCAAUUUCUGGAGGCGAGUGCAGCCGAGCCGAGCAUGUCUCGAGCCAUCCUAGCCGCUUACAAAGACGAACUGCUGAAAGGACCACCGCUACACAAACUAGCUUUCCCUGAGAGGAACUAAUUAUACUUUAUUCAAAAUGAAACACUCUGUAUAGCGAAGUGAUAAGUAUAUACCUUUCUUUUUUUACUAAAAAAUAGCGCGUGAAGCGUUUGAUGUCAAUCUGCCUGGCGGUAAGCGAGAUGAGGUCUAUGGUGAGUGCACACAAGCUCAAAUAAUGCUUGGAAUGCCCCUAAGUUGUAGGUAUUAUGUAAAUGUUUCUGAAUAUGAGAUACCCAAAGCAAAUACCUUAGCCCAAGCAGGUUAAAAUAUGAUAAAAAUCAUGCCCACGGAUGAAAAAGAGGAGCGUAACAGUAUUAUAAGUGGAGAGAGAUGGCUAUUUGACUUAUAAAAUGUAAGGAAAUCACCGAAGGAAAUUUCAUAUUUCAUAAUGCUAUACAGAGUGAUUUAUUUGGUUAUUAUAAUUAUUUUUUCUGUUUCUGUUUAAAGCCAAAAGAGGAAAAUCGUUAAUUUUAUGUACCUGUAUCGUUAUCUGUAAUAGUUCGUUUUAUAUAUUUUAUUUUUACUAUCUUUAUACAGCUUUUCGUAUUAUAUUGAUAACCUUAUAAUUACGUAUUAAUUUUGUAUUGGUUUUAAAACAGUAAUAUUUUUCUAAGCUCUAAGUCUAUUGAGCUAGUUAAAAUAUUUAAUGAGGAACUUAAAUUGACUCCAUGGGAGUUUAUUAAUAUUAUACCUACAAAGUAAAAUAUAUAUUAUUUAAAGACAAAAUGUUGAAUACAUACCUAUCUACUAAAUAUAGGUAAGUAAUAUGUACCUAUCUACCUAAAAUAUACAAAAUUCCUUUGAUAUUUGGCAAAAUCCCAUUAUUAAGUUUGCUACAAAAAAUUGGCAAAAAUUGUAAGUCGUUGGUACGACCUUAAAGAAAAUGAGCGAAAAAGCACAUUUUUCAUGUGCCAAAUAAAAGUAUCAAGAACGGUUCAAAGUCAUAUAUACGACGUACCGACUAGGGAGGACGUCGAUGAUCAUGGUCCAAGAGUGUGGAGGUGACCUACUCUGAUAGAUAGUCUUUCUUACAGGAGAAAAGAACUUGAAUAAAUUUGAUCGUCAUGAUUUAAUUAGCUUCAUUCGAUUGCCUGAAAGUGAAGAUUUCCUCACGUAACUCUUCAAACGCCGUAAACUCGCAGUUUGAACAUCGGUUAAUAUUCAAACUAAUGUUACUCGGGAGUCAUUAUUGAACCUGAGACAUUUAGUUGAUGUGUGGGAUCCUCUCUGUCGCCACGCGCCUGUCUUGUCUAUAGACAAGGUAUAAAUUUUAAUCUCUAAAAAUAGAGGAUGGUUUUAAAAAGAUAAUGUUGAGACUACUUUGAAAAUUCAAAAUAUGGGUAUAAAUAAUGUACCUGAUACCUGACCCAGAAUUGGCAAGUUUUGAUAAUAUUGUAAAUAAAAUAUAGUAACCAGAUUCUAUGGUGUGGAGCCCUAAAAGACUAAUUGCAGCUAUUAUAUAAGUCACGUCUUAAGUAUAAUAUGUGGAUUACAUUAUGUAUUACGAUAUACUAUGUUUAGAUUAAGUAGCUUUGCAUGUUACAUUACAAGGCAUAGUAUUGUCAUAAAUGUACCUAGUAGGUUUAUAUAUUAUAAAUAUUUUAUAUUCCGUAUGCAUUUGUUGUUUUUUAAAUAGGUUGUAGUAAAUAAAUAUUGGAACCUCGUUUAUAUGCUGUGCGCAUCAUCAUUAAAGAAAAUUUGCUUCAAAUCUACGAAAUUAGGUGCUUACACCAUCGUACGACAUUGCUGUAGUGGCUGGUAGAUAUUACCUAUCUAGAUUUACAUUCCUUUAUCAUGUGUAAUGUUUGUGAAACUAAAAACUUUCGACAACAUAAUAUUACAUUUUAUUUUUUAACUAGGUACUAAAAUUCUUUUUUCAGUAAAAAGACAUGCUGAAGUGUUUAAAAAUAUAUAUAGUAUUUAUUUUAAUACUGUUUUUAUUUAAGUAGACUACUAGAAUAGUUUUGUAAUAAAUU